UGACCUAAAACCGGCACUGACACAGAAACGAACGACGGUAACAGCUACAUAUUUAAUUAAACUUAAUUAAAGUGUAUUUUUUAAUCGAAUUAACGUUUAAUUUCUCCAUCUCUGGACUUUAAACUGUAACUGACAGAGAAACCAACGGCUCCAACGGCUUUUAAUUUGAAUUAAUCCGUUUAUAACGUUUUAAUUUCACUAUUGUUUUCAUAUAUUCGUCUCCAUCUUUGGACCUAAAACUGCGACAGACACAGAAACUAUCGACGAUAACGGCUUUUUAUUUGAAUUAAUUUGUUUAUAAACGAUUAAUAUCACAUCUCUGGACUUUAAACUGUGACUGACACAGAAAACACGGUUUUUUAUUUGAUUAAAGUUAACUUUAUUAACGAUUUAUUUCCCGCCGCCAUGGUUCUGUCUCCUGGGAACAACAAGCUCAAAGUGUUCCAGCUGCUGUUCUCGGAUCCCGGCCGGAGCUUCUACAGCAGCGGGGAGAAGCUGUCCGGCUCCGUGCAGCUCCAGGCGGCUCUGCCCUGCCGGCUGGCCGGCCUCAGGGUCUCCGCGGCCGGCUGCGCACGCGUGGACCACCGCUGCGGGAAGAACCGCAAGAACCGCAGCCAGGAAGUGGAGUACCUGAAGUACGAAGAGGAUCUGCGGCUAGAGGAGCAGCUCAGCAGAGAUCCAGAAGGUUUCUUCCUGUUGCCGUCUGAUCAAACGUACAACUUCCAGUUUGGUUUCGAGCUUCCUGCAGCCGGGCGUCUGGUGUCGUCCUACAAAGGGAAGUUCGGCCACGUCCGUUACUACGUGCGGGCGGUGCUGGACAGGCCUUCCCAGAAUGCCUUGCAGUGUGAGAGGGAGUUUGAGGUGGAGGAGCCGCUGGACGUCAACCGACCCGACCUGCUGGCUCCGGCGGCAGCGGCCAAUCAGAAGAAGGUUACCUGCAUGUUCAUCCCGGACGGCCAGGUGUCCAUCAGCGCUCAGAUCGACAGGAAGGGCUUCUGCCAGGGAGAAGACAUCUGCAUCCACGCCAAGUUCGAGAACACCUGCUCCCGCAUCGUGGUUCCCAAAGCCGCCAUCAUCGCCAAACACUCGUACUUCGCCGACGGACGCACCAAGGAGUCCCGUCAGAAGCUUUCGGCGGUCCGGGGGAACCACAUUAUUUCGGGGAUGUGUGACAUGUGGCAGGGAAAGACCAUCAGAGUCCCCAAACUGAAGCCCUCGCUGCUCGGCUGUGACAUCAUCAGGGUGGACUAUGCCCUCAUGAUCUCGCUGCACAUCCCGGGCAGCGAGCGCCUGGCCGUGGAGCUGCCGCUGGUCAUCGGGACGGUCCCGUUCAGCGGCGUGGGGAGUCGUACCAGCAGCAUGAGCAGCGCGGGCGAGUCGCUGAGCAGCUGGUCCUCGUUCCCCUCGGCGCCGCCCAGCUACAGCGACAUCCACCGAGACCUGCGCCAGCCGCUGCUGCUGGACUACGACGGAGCCCAGGACGCAGAAGACGAGGAGGACGGGCUCUUCAUGAGAGCGCCACAACACUACCCCCCUCCCCCCGCAUACACAGAGGUGGAUCCGGACUCUGUGAACCCUCUUCAGGCCGUUCAGGUCUUCUGACAACUUCCUGUUUGUGUCGGACUGAAGACUGUCGGUCUCUUCUCUGGACCGCAGCGCUGCCUGAAGACCACGACUCAGCUGUUUCCUGUCAGUGACUCAGCUGUUUCCUGUCAGUGACUCAGCCGUUUCCUGUCAGUGACUCAGCCGUUUCCUGUCAGUGACUCAGCUGUUUCCUGUCAGUGACUCAGCUGUUUCCUUUCAGUUUCCUGCCUGUGUUUUGGGUUGUGUGGAUGAAAACAGAGGAAAGUAUUGUUAAUAAUAGUUGUGACUCAGGUUGUACAUAUGAUGUAAAUAAGAGAUGUUUUUAUUUUUUUACAACACAAACAUUAAAUCAGUUCAACAUUAA